ACGAGUGUAUCGCAGAUGAUCGCUGAUUUCACGGUGCUGUUCACAUUCGCUGCUUAUGCGGCACCGAGGACGUUCUUUAAUGAUAUGGAAGUGCUAAAGAACACGACGUUGAAUCGCUUCAUGGGUCAGUUGAAUAUCACCGCCUAUGUGGCGUGUAUCUACACGCAUCUGCUGCGUAGCACGUGUCGAUUCAUGGCCAUUUCCCUGCCCAUCAGACAUUCCCGGAUAUUUACCCAGAGGAAUACGAUCGCUGCCCUGUUCUUGGGCUGUGCGUUCACCUACGUGGUGGAUCAGUACGGCUUCAUGUAUUCGGAUACGACGUGCGGUAUGGCCAUCAAACUAGUGAUCGAUUUUGCACAGUACUUGAUCGUGAUCCUAUUCGUAGCGAUACUCGAUGCGAUCACCAUCUUCCGAAUACAUCAGUAUGGUUACGAGUUAAUAUUUCAGGCAGUCUUACAGGAUUCGGCGUUUCUGAUUUUCCUGAUAUUUUAUAUGUUG